CAAAAUCAUGUUUAUGACGUAUCCGAAUGUUGUUAUUUAUAGUCCCUUUACCUUUUUGAUUUGAAAAAAAGGAAAAGACCGCUUCUUUCUCUUCGACUUGGUCCAUCUAUGUUUGUCUUAUGUCUAUUUCAAACAUAUCUUCGCCCUUUCCCACUUUGACAGCGACACCCACUUCCUUAACGACUUUUAAUACUAUUACUGAAUUACUUACUUCGACUUUGACAAACUUCACAACAGCUUCCUCUACUUCCAUUUCUACCUCAACAACUGGGCAAAGUAAUAACCCUACCAGUAGUCUUCUCCCAGGAUCCAUCGAAUCUUCAGCAAAACAGAAUCAAAGUGGUCUUACAACACAACUUAUUAUUUGCGGAUCUGUUGGAUUAUUAUGUUUCUUGGUCUUUUGUUAUUUAAGGACAAGAUGGCCAGUUAUCUUUGCACCCAGGAAUAGCAUGAAACGACAGAAACCUCCUGAACUUCCCAAUACCUUUUUUGGUUGGAUCCUUCCUUUAAUAAAAAUAAGCAAGACUGAGAUGCUCGAUAAAGUUGGUUUGGAUGCUGUCAUUAUGCUCGAUUUUAUUCUUAUGGCACUCAAGAUCUUUAGUUGUUGUUCCUUUUUCGGUGUGGUGGUGUUGAUUCCAAUUAGUACAACAGUUGGUAAUUUUACUGAUCCUUUGGUAACAUCAGUUGAUCGUCUUUCUAUCACUGUUAUUGAUGAAUCAUCAUCCUACCUCGUUGCCUACUUGAUUUUCACCUACUUCUUCACUUUUAUUGCAUGGUUUUUUUUACAACAAAAUUAUGACUCUUACAUUUAUAUGCGUGCACGCUAUCUUCUUCAACUCUCAAGAUCUCUGGUGUGUCGUUCUAUUAUUGUCACUGGAUUACCGGAUGAACUUCGUACUGAUCAAGCUCUUGCCGAUUAUUUUGAAAGCCUAGGUGUGGGUUUGGUGGUGUCUUGUCAUGUUGUGCGUCAUGUCAAGGGACUCGGUCAUAUAUUACGACUUCGAGCUAAUAAUUUGGACAAACUGGAAUCAUCUUAUGUCGAAUACUUGGGAAAUCCUUGUCAAUACAUCAAUGAUCACCCGGAUUAUAUUUCUCAUCAUGCACGAUGUAUUACUCAAGAAGACAACGAGCGGCAACAACAACAACAACAACAACAACAACUGAAUGGAUUUCUUGGAUUAUGUGGACCGAAAGUGGAUGCUAUCGAUUAUUAUACCAAGGAAUUCGACAAAUGGGACAAACUCGCAUUGGAAGCAAGAGGAUCGCCUAAUUUUGAUAUGACCUCGGUUGGCUUUGUCACUUUCGAAAAAAUGAAAAGCGCGUUGAUCGCUUCUCAGAUUGCCAUCAAUCCUGUUCCUUUCCGUUGCAGAACAGCCAGUGCGUACGAACCUCGAGACGUGUUAUGGAAGAAUAUUCAUAUUAGUGGAAAGCAACGUGUGAUCCGUGAUAUUAUAGUAUGGGGUGCGACGAUUACUUUGGUUAUCUUUUGGACGGUACCUAUUUCAUUCAUCUCCUCCUUUACUAGUAUUGAUGCAAUCAUCAAAGUAGCUCCUGGACUUGGUGCUAUUGUGGAUCAACACCCUUUAAUACAAAACAUUCUACAAGGUUUGAUACCAACGAUUCUUGUCAACAUUUUCAUGCAAAUUUUGCCUCUGAUCUUGGAUUGUACUCAUCUUUUUUUUUUUUUUUUGUUCUUGUUGAUAGAUUUAGGAAUCCUACAGGGAUUACGUGCCCGUAGUGCUGUAACUGAAUCAACUCUUAGCAAGUAUUUUUUCUUCUUGAUCUUCAAUGUACUCCUAGUCUUUACCAUUGUAUCAACCGCAAUCAAUACCCUUGUUAUACUAGUUGAUCGGCCCACAACAAUUGCAAACAUUCUUGCCACUCGACUUCCGAAGGUAUCUCCAUUUUUCAUCAAUUACACCAUUCUUCAAGGAUUACUACUGAUGCCGUUGAAUUUGCUACAGCCUGGAUCACUUAUUGUUAGUGGGUUCUUUAUUUACUUUUAUGCAAAAACACCUCGUCAACAUGCUUAUGCUCGGUCUCCAGGAUCCUUUAACUAUGGCGCCGGUUAUCCUUCUCCUUUAUUGAUCUUCAUCAUUGUAUUGGAAUAUUCAACCAUUUCGCCUAUCAUCCUGGUGUUUGGCGCACUAUACUUUGGAAUCACUUAUAUUGUAUAUAAAUAUCAAUUCCUUUAUGUGUACUUUCGACCUUAUGAAGCGGCUGGUCAACUCUGGACGAUGGUAUUUCCUAGAUUGAUUGUUGGUAUGAUUCUUUUUCAAUUGACAAUGCUUGGGUUAUUUAUAUUGAAGAAUUCCUUUGUACUUGGUGCGUUAUGUGUUCCUUUAACGGUGUUUACGAUCAUAUUCAAAUUUACUAUUGAUGCUGCGUACAGUAGAAAUAGUCUGCACUUACCUAUGCAACUUUUACGUGAAGAAGAACAGUUACAUCAACCCACUUCCUACGAACCUUUACAGGCUGCCGACUAUUCAACCAUACCAACAACAGCAACGAAUGUUAUCCCUUCGACAGAAAAGAGUGCGGACAACAAUCACAACCAAUGGACUUCGGCUCCUCGACAACGGCGUUUGAUUCUGGAUGAGGACAACUACCAAGCGACUCCGGUGCGCAUGACCGAUUAUCGCCAACCACCCAUGUUCCUUAAUCCUGGUGUACUGGAUACCGGUCUCAGACAAUACGGCAAUCCUUAUUUAGUUGGUGAACUUCCUCAACUAUGGCUUCCUACGAAACUACCUUUUAAUGAUCAACAAAUGCAAUCGCCUUCCAUACAACUAUCCACAACGUCAUUAAAUGAAAAUGAGGAUCAUGAUACUCGAAACCAAAGAAUAUCGCCAACUGUGAUGGAAGUAACACAGCAAACACAUCAAGACAACAUUUUGGACUUGGAUCAAGUAUGCGUUCAUGAUUGCAACCAACAAAGACAGACGGACCCACCAAGAACAUAUUUAUCACUUUUUGGACGAAUGUUUAGUAAUUCAUACCGUUUUGGAUCACUUGUGUCUCACGAUUUUUGGACCCAUCACAAUAAUAGCAGUAAUGAAAAUAAUAAUGAUGAUGAUGAUGAUGAUGAUGAUAGUGACAGUCAUGACAAUAGGACAAAUCCAGUUCAUCAACUUUAUUAUCACCAUCCAGAAAGAAGAUAUUUAUCUUGA